AUGAAUGCGUCAGGUACACAAAACGGCCAUAUUGAUAUGAGUUGCCAAAACUCUUUUGGAAAUUAUCCAGAUCCCUACAACUAUAGAAACAAUGAAGGACACAAUAGGCCAAAUCCUGGGGAUCCAAAUUAUAGAACUUAUGAGUAUCAAGGAAGAAGAUAUGGUCAAAGUUCUUUCGAUUUUGAUUCGAGAAAUUUGGAUAAUCAAAAUGAUUGGAAUUAUUUAAAUUUUAAUCCUAAUUAUCCAGGUUUUGGGACUAAUGAUCCGCGAUUCAGACAUCCUGAUGGAGCAACUAAAGUGCAAAGACCUGGAAUACUUAGUGGAUGGAAAGAUUACUUGCAAGGAAAAUAUAGAGUUAUAUCUGCCCAAGAAAACAGGGAUAUUUAUGUUACAACUUCUUACGGACAGGUUCAAGGUUUUCAAGUUUAUUUAUAUGACACUCCUGAUCCUUAUUCGCAGUACAGACCGGGAGAUUCAACUGUUGAAAAAAUAAAGGGUAAUGUCAGUGUAUUUUUGGGAAUACCCUAUGCAAUGCCACCUGUUAAAGAUGGUAGAUUCAAGCCUCCUCUUCCACACAAAGGCUGGCAACUUCUACAAGCUGUCGAUUUUGGUCCUGCUUGUCCACAACCUGCCAAAUAUGUCGGAGAAUCAAAAGGGAUUAGGGAUAUGGAUGAAGAUUGUUUAUAUUUAAAUGUUUAUUCUCCUUUUACUGGGGCUGGAGUGGCACAAAAAUAUCCCGUCAUGUUUUAUAUACACGGUGGAGAUUUUUAUCAAGGUGCUUCUAAUACAUUUCCGGGCCACAUGCUUGCAGGUUUUUUCGAUGUUGUGGUUGUGACAAUUAAUUAUCGACUGGGAGCUUUAGGAUUUUUAAGCACGGCAGAUCAAAAUUCUCCUGGAAAUUAUGGUAUAUUAGAUCAAGCUCAGGCACUAAAAUGGGUUUAUGAUAAUAUAGAAUUUUUUAAUGGUGAUAGAAAUUCCAUCACGUUAUUCGGACCUGGAGCAGGAGCAGCUAGUGCCGGACUCUUGAUGUUAGCACCCAAGACUAAAGAUUUAGUUAGCAAAGUGAUAGCGCAGAGCGGUGCAGCAUUGGCUGAUUGGGCAGUUACGCGGUCUUGGGAGCAAGUUUUAAACACAAGCACAGUUUUCGGAAGACAUCUUGGUUGUUCUACGGACUCUUCUUGGAAGCUAGUUAAUUGUUUACGAAAUGGUCGCAGCGCUCUUGAAUUGGGAAAUGCCGAAUUCAGGCCGGAAGUUGGAUUGUUGGCUUGGGGCCCUGUUUUGGAUACUAAUUUCACCGUACCGAAAGACAGUUGGUUUCAUAAUACUUUUACGGAAAAAGACUGGCAUUUUUUCCCCAAAAGUCCCGAGGAAUUGCUUAAAGAAGGACAUUUUAAUAAACAAUUAAGAUACAUGGCUGGUGUAACCACUCAGGAAGCUGCUUACGUAAUAUACAAAAAUGAAAGUUUGGUUCCGCAUUUUACCAUCGGUAAACCUUUUUUCGAUCAGAAGGUUCGCGAAUUGGUUCAUCAGUUAAAUUAUACAUUUAACGAAGAAGGAGUUUACGAAGCCAUAAGAUAUUUAUAUACUUAUUGGCCUGAUCCCGACGCUACCCAGUACAUUAGGGAGCAAUAUAUACACUUGAUAUCCGAUCUUAAAUACAGAGCACCAAGUGAUAAAAUGACAAAACUUUUAUUGGAAAAACGUGUACCUGUUUACCUGUACGUUUUAAACACGACCGUCGAAGCUUUCAGGUUUCCAGAUUGGCGAAAAGUUCCACACGAUAUAGAAAGAGUAUUUUUAACGGGAGCUCCUUUCAUGGAUGUUGAAUUUUUUCCUAAAUCCGAAAAUUGGCAGAGAAAUAUGUGGACGGAAAAUGAUAGAAACAUGAGUUAUUUUUUUAUGAAAGCUUAUUCAGAUUUUGCUAAAUACGGUAAUCCUUCACAGCAACAAAUUCUCGGUCUUCAUUUUGAAACGGCUCACGUUGGAAAUUUGAAAUAUCUUAACAUCAAUACGACAUUCAACAGCUCAAUAAUGUACAACUACAGGCAAACAGAAUGUGCUUUUUGGUAUUCUUAUUUGCCCACAGUUAUAGGCACCUAUUUCACGACGUACAGGCCGUAUUCUGAAUUUUGGUGGGAUGCAAGAGAGGAAUUACAAAUUGCAUUUUUGUCCAUAAUAUCCCUUUCUGUUGUUUUAAUUAUACUUGUAUUUACGUGUUGCAUCCUUUGGAGGAAAGCUAAAAGAACUGCGGAUCAGUACUACGACAUAAAUUUAAUACAUAAAGAAGAUGAAGAAGGAAUGGAAGGAGUGGACAACGAAACUUCACAAUCUACGAAUAACAUAUACGAAUUCCGAGAAGUAUCAGGUUCUAAUAAAAGACCUCCUGCGGGUACUCCACCGCCUGUGUUCAAAUCACGUCCUACGAGUUUUAGUCUUUCGUCCCAGCAAAACAUUAUGAUGGAGGAUAAAAAACCCAUCGCUCCUAUGCAACAUUUGUCGAAAAGCACGGGAAAUUUUUUGGCGGCUCCCGAUAAAAGUAAAAUAAUAACAAAUAAAAACGUUUGCAUGGAUUCUGGUUUGAAAGUGAAAGACUCGAAAAAAAGUUAUUCGACGCCUAGUUUGAGAUCUAACGAUUCGAAAGAAAGCCUUAGGGAAGAUGACGGUCGAAUGGUGCCGGGAAGUAAAAAAGCAAUAAGGAAAAAUCCACGAAAAUUUGAUAGGAUCCCACAAACUCAAGUUUGA